CUAAAAGUAAACUUUUGAGUCACACAGACACACAAACACAAGACUGCAGAUACGAGUUUAGAAGACGAGCAAGUGCUCAGCUGGGCUCAUUGUGCACAGCCCCCAGCACAUCUGGACUGAAACAUGAGUUAUUUGGAACUGUGGGAAAACAGACCACUUCUUGAUUAAAAACGAAUCGAACGGGAACUUUUAUUUCUUUAAAAAAAAAAAAAAAAAAAAAAAAUGCCGGAGCGAAUCAGCAUUCCUGAGUUCGUUACUGUAACUAGCGAAGACAUUGCUUCACAGGUUACCUCAAGCUUUACUUCGAAAAUGACCAAGUGCAAGAACACUGUCGCUUGCUUGGAAGAGUCUUUGGAGGCAGACCAGGCGACCCUACAGAGGAUGAAGAAACUCAUCAAGGCCAUCCAUUCAUCAGGACUCUCUCACGUGGAGAGCAAAGAACAGUAUAUCGAUAUUCUGGAGAACCUGGGGAACAGCCACCUGUCCCAGGACAACAACGAGGUGUCCACCGGCUUCCUCAACCUAGCGGUGUUCACCAGGGAGGUGGCUGCGCUCUUCAAGAACCUGAUCCAAAAUUUGAACAACAUUAUCUCAUUCCCUUUGGAUAACCUUCUGAAGGGAGAGCUGAGAGAAGGGAGGCUGGAAUUAAAGAAACAGAUUGAAAAGAGCUGGAAGGAUUAUGAGAUAAAAGUGACAAAGAUUGAGAAGGAGCGGCGGGAGAGGGCCAAGCAGCUUGGGGUCAUCAAGACAGAGUUCUCACCGGCGGAGAUCGCAGAGGACAUGGAGAAAGAGCGCAGGGCUUUCCAGCUGCACAUGACAGAGUAUCUUCUUAAAACUCAGGAGCUGAAGGUCAGACAGGGUCCUGUUCUGCUGCAGAGUCUCAUCAAAUUGUUUCACGCACAGCUGAAUUUUUUCCAGGAUGGUUUGAAAGCAGCUCAAAACCUCAGCCCGUUUGUGGAGAAGCUUGCCGCGUCCGUGCACACAGUGAGGCAGGAGCAGGAUGAAGAGACGAAGCAACUGAUUCAGGUCCGGGAUUCCCUGCGAAGCUUCCUGCCAGUGGAGCAAAAAGAGGAACACUUGAACAGAAAGAACUCUGGGAACGGGUACAGCAUCCAUCAGCCCCAGGGAAACAAGCAGUACGGCACAGAGAAAUCCGGCUUUCUCUUCAAGAAGAGCGUCGGAAUCAGAAAAGUAUGGCAGAAGAGGAAGUGUGGAGUCAAAUACGGCUGCCUGACGAUAUCACACAGCACUAUAAACAGACCCCCGGUAAAGCUGAACCUUCUCACCUGCCUGGUGAGGCCCAACGUAGAAGAAAAGAAGAGCUUCGACCUCAUUACACAUAACAGAACCUACCAUUUCCAGGCAGAGGAUGAGCAGGAAUGUAUCAUCUGGGUGUCGGUUCUGCAGAACAGCAAAGAAGAAGCCUUGAACACUGCCUUCAAAGGGGAUCAGAGCCAGUACCAGGAUAACAGGCUGCAGGAGCUCACCAAGGCCGUGAUCGCUGAGGUCAAACAGAUGCCGGGCAACGAGGUCUGCUGUGACUGCAGUGCUCCUGAUCCAACAUGGCUAUCCACUAACCUGGGUAUUCUGACCUGUAUAGAGUGUUCUGGAAUUCACCGGGAGCUGGGCGUCCACUACUCCCGGAUCCAGUCCCUCACACUGGACAGGCUCAGCACCUCGGAGUUACUGCUUGCUGUCAGCAUUGGCAAUACAAGAUUUAAUGAUAUAAUGGAGACAACCUUACCUAAUGACGCCAUCAAACCCAUUCCCAACAGUGACAUGAAUGCCAGAAAGGAGUAUAUCGUUGCCAAAUAUGUGGACCGCAAAUACAUUCAGAAGAGCAACGAUGAAAAUAUGUGGCGUCUUCAUGAUGCAAUAAGGAAUAAAAACAUCACUGCCCUGGUUCAGAUCUAUGUGGAGGGGGAAGACUUGGCAAAGCCAGUUCCCAUGCCAAAUGGGCAGGAUCUUGGCGAGACGGCACUUCACUUGGCAGUGAGGCUGGCAGAUAAGAGCUCUCUUGCUCUAGUUGAAUUCCUUAUACAGAACAGCGCGAGCCUAGAGAAGAAGACGGCUGAAGGCAACACAGCGCUGCAUUACAGCUGCCUGUACAGCAAGACUGAGUGUCUCAAGCUGCUACUGAAGGGAAAGGCAGCCCUGCAAACUGUCAAUGGAGCUGGCGAGACUGCAUUGGACAUAGGAAAGCGUCUAAACCACACACAGUGUGCAGAGCUGCUGGAGCAGGCUCAGGUGGGGAAGUUCAACACUCAGAUCCACGUUGAGUACAUCUGGGAGACUCAGCAGCAGGACAUGUACGACAGUGAGGAUGACCUUGACGAAAGGAUCAGUCCGCUACAGAGGUCUUUUAAGUCUCCACUCCCCAAGUCGCCCAGUCAGUGGAGCGCGGGAAACACCGGUGUGUCCAACAAGACUUAUGAGAACAUCGAGUUUCUUUACAAAGGCUCAUCCUCGUACUCCAGCUCUGUGGAAAACCAGGCUCCUCCACUGCCAGCCAAAAGCAUCCAACGAGGCUGCUCAGACCCCCAGAUCUCCUCCUCGGCUCUGGAAGGUCACCCCCCGCUCCGACGCUCCUCGAACCCGCUGUCCCGUCCAGCGCAUGAAGCGACAGCUGCUCGUCCGUCUUCCAACCGGCACAGCCCCCCUCUGCUGGAGGCCUUGGUGUCCCGCUGGUCAUCGGCCCCCAAGUCCCCUCACGAGAAGAGCUCACGCAUAAACCGGCAGAGCGUGUUCUGGGAUAACCAGUCCCAGUCUGAGUCCCGGAAGAGUGGGCUGGAGCAGGGACAGGCAACCCACAGCCCACAGGCUCACCUGGGGCCAGUCAGCUCUGAGAAGACCACAUCGUAUAGGCGGUCUACCAGCAAUGGGGCUGUGGGGAAGACCCCAGUGACCUCCCCCCACAUCCCAGGGAGCCUGGAGGAUCUGUACAACACCAACAUCGGACAGCCUUCGGUAUCGCCGUCAGCCACAGCUCCACUGCCACAGCCAAGGAAGUCUGUGCUGGCCAGUGCCCCAUCGAAGAGGGUCAUAGCCCUGGCCGACUGUAAAGUGGAGAACACUAAGGAACUGACAUUCUGCAAAGGGGAGGUGAUAGUCGUCACAGGAGUGGAGGAUUCACACUGGUGGGUUGGUCAUAUUGAAGGAGACUCAACAAGAGUAGGAUCAUUCCCUGUCAACUAUGUGCUCCUUAUACCAGAAUAGGACCUUGAGCACAAACACUGCCAAUAUCAAUCGCCACAAAACUUCAUCUGCAGCACUACAGAACCUGGGGAGAAACAAAGACUACGAAAUCUGUUUGGGCGUCUCACUUGCCAGUUUAGUGUACGCAAACAGCAUUUUUUUCUUUAUUGCUUGUAAAAUAUUGGAGAAUAUUGAAAACAAAAGUGAUGUUUUGUCAUAUGUUUUUAUAUAUAAAUUACACUGUAAUAUAAGCUUCUGUAUUAUUUCAACCAUCAUUCUUUAUUCUCACACAAAAGGACUGUCUUAUAUACAGUACAAAAUACUGUAGUUUUAGUCUUACGUGCCUAUGCAAAAAAAAAAAAAAUGAAGCAUGCAUUCUGUCUUAAAAUUCCUUUGUUUCCACAUAUACUGCAGAGCAGCUAUGGGAUUGCUUAGAUCAGAUGCAUAACCCAGAGGCUUCUGACACUUAUCGGAAUGGAUUAUUGUUAUGAAAAACAUUUCAGUGCCUUGGACAGCUGGGAAAGGUAGCCUGUUGUCAGCUGAGUGGAGCAAAGUUACUAAAUACAGCAAGAUUUACAAUCUCAUUUCAAUUCUCCACGCUGGACACAAGCCAAAGUGUGAGGUGCGGAGGAAGAGAAUAUGCCUCUAUCUGUUCCCUGCUGAACUUUGAAAGGAGAAACAACAUUCCGAGGAGGCUUGUAGUGUUAUUCUAGGGACAAAGUGGCGGUGUGCAAGAUGAAACAAGCUGCAACAUGGAAAGAAAACGCGUUGGAGAGCCUUAAAGAAAAAAAAAUACAUUCUUUAACAAAAAAGAAAAUGUAGGGCUGUCUUAAUAAAUCAGAUGAAUGCAAUAGAUUUUAUUCCAUUUUCUGGUGCGUUAAUGCCCAUAGUAUUUUUGUAACUCUUUCCAUUUUAGUCACUGUGAACCUUCCUGAUCUUGGGACUUCCAUUACUAGCCCAAUACAUUACACAAUAUUUUGUAAAACUCGAUUGUAUUUUUUGCAGAUCACUUUCCAUUUUGCAGGGUUCCGGGAUGCUAGUAAAUUGCUAACCCUAUCCUGGUAGAAGGUGUUCUUUCAAAGCAUUUCGUUAGAUGCACUUCAAUCGAGGCAUUGGGGUGUCUGCUAAAAAACUGCUAGGUUGUUCUGUCGGCCAGAAUCCGUUACAGAUUGCACUAAUGAACACUGUUGGUCACAGUCUCAAACCAGCGACUGAAUUGUCAUGAUUUGAUGUGCUCCUUUCAAGGCAGGGUUGGAGCACGUUAUCUGAGCAGUGUUUUGAGUUUCAUUGGAGACCAAUAUUGUGAAUCGGGCAUCUUUCCAAACCCCAGUAUUGUAUAGAACAUAUUCACAAAGUAUUCGUUAUCCAUUUAUUAGUAUGCUGAAGCUAUAUGAAUGUAGACAGUUUUUUUUUUUAAAUGGGUAUUUGUAAGUGUCUCCCUGCUCUUGUCCUAAUUUUGCAUUGUGUAAAUGUUAUUCUUAUAAAGAUAUAAUAUUUA